AGAGAGAGAGAGGAGCGGAGGCUCACACAGCGCAACUGCUGCAAACUCUGCGCUAACUUUUUCCCUCUGCAGGUCGGGCUCUCGCCGCCGUCCUCAUAGAUGCUGUUGGAUAACUGGACAGUUCGCCGGAUCUUCUCAGAUGAACACAUUACAAGUGUAAGGCCAACGGGGAAGUAAUUGUUGCUGAGGAUCCCAUGGCUCCUGCAAAGAGCAGCUGGUUUCAAGGAUUUCUGGCGGGAGUUCAGGGGCUCCUUGUGUUGGUCGGAAGAACUGGGUGCAGAGGAUUGUCUGUGUCACCAGAGGACCUGCAGUGUCAGCAGGUGGAGCAUCCAGUCGUAACUCACAGAGAUAUUGCACCUUGGCUGCACAAAUUUAAAGCUACUGAUGUAUUCGACUAUUCUCAAAUGACUUUUGACCCCGGCCAAAAAGAGCUCAUCGUUGGAGCAAGAAACCACCUCUUCAGGCUAAGGCUGGAGGACUUGUCAUUGAUCCAGGGGGUGGAAUGGCACUCAGACAAGGCAACUAAAAGAGGUUGUUUCAGCAAAGGCAAAACCGAGGAGGAGUGUCAGAAUUACAUCCGGGUCCUUCUUGUCAUUGGGAACAUGAUCUUCACCUGUGGAACCAAUGCCUUUACUCCCGUUUGCACCAAUCGGACGUUGAGUAACCUGACAGAAGUCCACGAUCGGAUAAGUGGAAUGGCUCGCUGCCCUUACAAUCCACAGCACAAUUCCACUGCGCUCAUCACGUCAACCGGCGAGCUCUUCGCUGCCACAGCCAUGGACUUCCCAGGACGAGACCCUGCCAUCUACCGCAGCCUGGGUGGGCUCCCUCCUCUUCGCACUGCCCAGUACAACUCAAAGUGGCUGAAUGAGCCAAAUUUUGUGUCUUCUUACAACAUUGGAAACUUCACCUAUUUCUUCUUCCGUGAGAAUGCGGUGGAACAUGAUUGCGGGAAGACCAUUUUCUCCAGGGUGGCCAGAGUAUGUAAUAACGACAUCGGAGGGAGGUUCCUCCUAGAGGACACCUGGACAACUUUCAUGAAAGCCCGGUUGAACUGUUCCCGACCCGGAGAGAUUCCUUUUUAUUACAAUGAACUGCAAAGCACAUUCUUUCUUCCCGAACAAGACAUGCUGUACGGCAUCUUCACCACUAAUGUGAACAGCAUAGCAGCCUCAGCUGUCUGUAUGUUUAAUCUGAGUGCCAUUACCCAGGUCUUUGGUGGACCCUUCAAAGUCCAGGAGAAUUCCCGUUCGGCAUGGCUGCCUUUUCCAAAUCCUAAUUCAAACUUUCAGUGUGGCACCAUUGAUUAUGGACCUUACGUGAAUCUGACGGAGCGGAACCUCCAGGAUGCUCAGAAGUUUAUCCUAAUGCACGAGGUGGUGCAGCCCAUAUUUCCUGUCCCAUACUUCAUGGAGGACAAUAGCAGGUUUUCCCACAUAGUGGUGGACGUUGUGCAGGGAAAAGACACGCUCUUCCACAUCAUAUACUUGGCAACAGACUACGGGACCAUUAAGAAAGUCCUUGCGCCAGUGAAUGAGAGUGUGAGCAGCUGUCUGCUGGAGGAAAUCGAACUCUUCCCAAGUGAUCAGAGAGAACCUAUCAAGAACCUCCAGAUACUGCACAGCCACAGUAUUUUGUUUGUUGGCCUCCGAGAUCACGUGUUAAAAAUCCCCCUGAAACGCUGCACCUUUUACAAAAGUCGCAGUUCAUGCGUGGGAGCUCGGGACCCCUACUGUGGCUGGGAUUUGGUUUUAAAGAAAUGCACAACACUGGAGGAGAGUAUGAGCAUGACCCAGUGGGAGCAGAACAUUAGUGUGUGCCCUACCAGAAACAUGACAAUGGAUGGUCAUUUUGGACCGUGGUCAAUGUGGAAGUCCUGCAGCCACACUGACGGUGGUGCCAUUGGUUUGUGCACCUGCAGAACUCGGUUGUGUGAUAGCCCAGGACCACAGUGUGGAGGUCAGCAAUGUGUGGGAGUCAGCAUGGAAGUUGCUAACUGCUCUAGGAAUGGAGGUUGGACACCUUGGACACUAUGGUCUCCCUGUAGCACAAGUUGUGGAAUAGGAUUUCAAGUCCGACAACGUUCUUGCAGUAACCCGACGCCUCGGCACGGUGGACGGGUCUGUGUGGGACAGAAUCGCGAAGAGAGGUAUUGCAAUGAGCAUCUGCAAUGUCCCGCUCAUACGUUCUGGUCUCCUUGGGGUUCAUGGGAACGUUGCACAUCGCAGUGUGGGGGAGGUGUUCAGGCGAGGCGCCGAACCUGCCGGAAUGGGAAAGACUGCCCAGGCUGCAACACGGAAUACCAGCUUUGUAACACAAACUCAUGCCCUGAGCUGAAGAAGACCACUCCAUGGACUCCAUGGACACCUGUUAACAUCUCAGAUAAUGGAGGUCAUUAUGAGCAAAGGUUCAGGUACACAUGCAAAGCACGCUUGGAAGACCCAAACUUGCUGGAUGUUGGUCGGCAAAGGAUAGAGAUGCGUUAUUGCUCAAGCGAUGGAUCUACUGGCUGUUCUACAGGAGGGCUCUCUGGGAACAUCUUACGAUCUGGUAGGUUUAACUCUCGCACAGUGGAUGGUGCCUGGUCGGCCUGGCUGCCGUGGACACAGUGCAGCAGAGACUGUAGCAAAGGGAUUCGAAGUCGCAAACGCAUGUGCAACAAUCCUGAGCCAAAGAGCGGAGGAUUUCCCUGCCUGGGACCAUCAUUGGAAUAUCAGGAGUGUAACACUUUGCCUUGCCCAGUGGAUGGCAUCUGGUCCUGUUGGUCUUCCUGGUCCAAGUGCUCUGUGACCUGUGGAGGUGGCCAUUACAUGCGCACACGUUCCUGCAGCAACCCUGCACCAGCCUACGGGGGGGAUAUCUGUUUGGGACUGCACACCGAGGAAGCACUCUGCAACACACAGGCCUGUCCAGAUAGCUGGUCGGAGUGGUCAGAGUGGUCAGCCUGUGAGGAUUCAGGCUCACAGCACCGCACACGUCACUGUAACAUUUUAUUUCCUGUGGGAAACCAGUGCUCUGAAAAUAGUAGCGAGAGUCAACCCUGUGACUAUGACUCCAAUUUAAUUCCUGAAAUCUCCGUAGCCCAGUCGAGCUCAGGAGAGAGAAGAUGUGGUGAGUUCAACAUGUUCCAUAUGAUUGCUGUAGGAUUGAGUUGCUCAAUCCUGGGCUGUCUCCUGACACUGCUUGUGUAUACUUACUGCCAACGAUAUCAACGUCAGUCCCAUGAAGCCACUGUAAUCCACCCAAUUUCAGCAGUUCCUCUCAAUACCAGCAUCACAAACCACGUCAACAAGCUGGAUAAAUUUGAUUCUGUGGAAGCCAUUAAGGCUUUCAACAAAAACAACUUGAUCCUUGAAGAACGAAAUAAAUACUUUAACCCACAUCUUCAUGCAAAGUCUUUUUCCAACACCUACUUCACAGACCUAAAUACAUAUGAUGACUAUUAGUGUGGUUGGUCCCUGAAGACUGGUUAGUUUACUCGCUAAAGGUUCUCCAUAAACAUUUAGACCUCUUUCAAGUCUGGAAUGGAGGUGAACACUGCACUGAUUUGAACAGACUUCCAUUACUGCCUUUCUCCCAUCUACAGUAUAACCUCUAUGACAAAACUAAAGGCCUGAAGCUGAAUUCCAGUCGUUGUGACCUGCUGUGACAGAGUUGAGGGUCGUUUUCCUUCUAUUAAAGUGAACAAACUCAUACAACGCCUAAAGGAAGAACAGUGCCUGUGGACAUAAGAUGAACAUUAUUGAAUUCCAUGUGCUUGUACUUUUGCAAUUUAUCUGAAACAAAGCUUUUACUGUAUAAUACUCUAUGAUUAUGAUUCUAGAGAUGCAAGCAUCUACAAAGUGGAACACAAAAAUAAUUGGGACAGUAUUGAGAAGCAAAUUGUUAUUAGCAAAAAGCAGCAAGCCGAGUUUCUAUGAUGUUCCCAAGAGGCUGCUGCACCUUCGACUGCAUGAAGUUAGGAAUGUCCAGUUGCAUUGACUGUUGCCCAAAUCAUGCCAUUCCAAAGAGUCUGCCAGAUGCAGCUUAUGGAUCAAAGUGUCUAUUCAGUUGCACUGUUUCCACGUUAGUCAGAAAGUGGACCUUUAAACACCUGUGCUGCUGCUUUGUUAAAGUGUUCCCUGAUGUCUGUUUGCAUAGUUAUUGAUCAGUUCCAAUUUAGUGCUUUGAAUCAGACAAUCAUGAAAAUGUUUUCAGUGAGAAAACAUACAAACUUCUGUAAAUAACCGACUGAAUAUAUGAGUAGCAGAUGGCUAACUGAGUACAUAUAGUUUAAUAAGAAAUUUAAUUGAUCUCCUGUUGACAGCAUUAAUAAUUGUGUUAGGAAACAAAUACGGCUUUUAUGCAGAGCCCAUCUGUUGUAAAUACCUGCAGCUUCUGCUGGACAUAGACUAAUCACUUAUCCUAUUCCUGCCUUGUGUGUGCAUCUGCCUUGCACUUCUGUUGUUAGUUACAGAUUCAGAUGGAUUCUCAUGACCAAUCUUCUAGAUGUGAUAUAAUGCGGUAGAUACAGUCAUUUUCUGUGUGAUUGUUGAGUUUUAUAGGGCUACCAACACAUCUAUGUCAGACUGAGAGUGUUGUACUGUUACAUUAUACAAGUAUUCAGUAUUAUGCCAAAUGUCUAACAGUACAGCUAACAAUGAAUUCAAUUAACCUAAAGGGAUUUUUGUCUUUAACAAUUUCAUAGUAUUGUAUCAAACAUAAAAGCAUACAUGGUGCAUUUGUUUAUUUAUGAGUGCAAUAAUAGAUGACUUUGCUAUAGUUUGAAUGGGUGAAAGUCAGCUUGUUGAUUUGAUGCAAAGGGGGUUAUAUAGAUCAGCUGAGGAGUGGAAAGAGUGAUUAGUUACUGGAGAAUUUUUCUAGUGUUAGAGAAAACGGUACUUUUUUAAAAAAAAACAGAAUGUCACACAACUGAGCAAAAAUGAAAUGUAAGUCAAUGGGAGUCAUUUCCAGGGUACAUUUUCAAGCAAACAGAAAUUUGUUAUCUUCAGUUGUUUGGGGGAAACAGUUCCCAUGUAUCACUGGACUUUCCAACAGCGAAUAGUAUAUUCCUUAACAAGAAACUUCAGGCUGUAAUUUCUUCAGUGUAAUGCUUUCUUACAUCAAUUGAUUGUUUCAGAAUGACUCUGGUUAUACACUUUAGGAGCAAGCUGAGUUUUACCUAUGAAGACUAAUGUUGGAGAGAGAGUUGUAAUUUGUUUGGGACGUCAAUGAACAUACAAACAGAUAAAUUGAUGAGGAAGUAUCAUUUUUAAAUUCAUUGUAAUUGUCAUUUUAAAAUGUCGAUAUCGUGCUGUUUGAAUUAAAAUGGCUUCCUCUUUGCCAUUUGCUCUAGACAUCUUUUCUUAAUCUUCAAAGAAGUGGUAGGAGCCCUUAGCAAGUCAACCAGUACAAAUGUGAGGCUCCAGGAGGUCUUAGAUUCUAUAUAUGUGUUGAGUCAGCCCCAAUAGAUAAUCUCUGAUGAAUUCAAAUCACUGUCAUUGUUCUUUGCUGACAUUUUUUGAGAGGCCUUGCUAGAUGCAAAAUAGCUGCCUGAUGCAGCUGUAGCUCAAGAAAGCUUUGUAGAAUGACAAGAUGCUAAAUUAAGUUAGCCCUACACAUGCGCAAUUGUGUGUGUCACAUGGAAAAUUCUGAAGGCAUUUCUUUGGUGCUCAUUCUGACACAAUGCUGCAUCAGUAAUCUGGAUAUUAUUAUAUAUUUGAUGUUUUUAAUGCUAUAACAUUUUAGACUUUAGAUGAUGUGUUGGUUAAUCACAUAAGAGGACAGCUGCUUUUGCAAAUGGCUGUGUACUGACCAGUUUCCAAGUAGCUCUUUAAUCUAUUUGGCUCUAGAAUAAGUAAAACUGCAACUUGGAUUAAGUAACUAAUGCAGUCUUUAUUCUAUUCAACCUUCUUGCUCUGAUUGUUUGUAUAUGUGGGCAGUGACAACCAAUAUUCAGAUCAUUUCAUGCUCCCACUAAUCGCUAAAUUUACACAUUGCUUGUUUGCUGCUUUUGUUUUUUCUCAGACAUUUUUCCUACGAGCAAUUAUCCACUAACACACUGCCAUUGUCUGCCCAAGUUUACAUCCACAGGAGAUUCCAACUGUCCAUGUGGGGAAAGGUUUACAACACAACUGCUUCUGUUUUUUAUAGUUUGUUUUUUGAAACUGGUGGACCGAAGUUAACGUUUUUUGAGUAAAGAUCAAUAGAUUUUAGUUUGCAUGGGUAAGGCAAGCACAGCAGAAUACUACACUCUGGUGAUUCCUUCAUUGAGAAUGGUUUCUAACAGGGAGUGCAACCACUCACAUUUCCAGCACACAAUUCUAAAUCGCUUUCCUGGCCAUCAUAGAAAAAGUUAAUGUGUCGUUGCAAAUUGCGUAUUUUUAAAAAUAAUUACCAUCACCCAUCUUCGUGAUAUCCACCUCUCCGAUUUUGUAUUCUUCAUUUGGAGAACUGCUUGUCAAAUGCAGAAGUGAUCGCCGUUUAUUCAGACUGAUAUAGAGGCUCUAGAUAGAGUUGAAGGGAAAUUAUUUGAGCAGAAACAAUAAAAGGAAUUUUAUGAGCUGGUGUGGUAUGUUUUGUUUAGAUGUAGUGUGUCAAUAUAAAAACUCCAUUGAAAAGAUUAGAUUUCAAAAGUGUUGAUAGGUUUCUGUGGGCAGCUCCAGAAGUGAGCACUUCAUUAAGGGGAUCCAUGUGGAAAGCAGAGUUUGAAUUAAAUUCCUCCUGAGUGGAGCUGUUAUUUUGCUAUCUUGGCUAUGGAUGAUGGAUAAGAACUAUAAUAAUCCUUGCAUUUGAUAUUGCGCCCUAUCACGUCCUCGAGAUGUCUCAAAACGCUUCACAGAAUGCACUGUGAAGUGAAUUGACUGUGUAUUUUGUGGGCGAAUUCUUUGGAUGUGGCAUCAUCUGGGUGAAGAGAAUAAACUCUGGUGUGACCUUGCUUUGCCGAUAUUCAGCCCCUACUGUUGAUCACAGGGCGGCCAGACUUUCUCACUCCCCCUGAAGGAGGAAAGGACAAUGGGUGGUGGCAGCAGUGAGGAUACAAGAAACAGUGUGGGAAAGGAAUUGGAUAAACUCAUGAGUACGUUUGUAUUCUAGUAAAAGGUGACUUUGAGAUGACUCUCGGCCUUUCCUUCUCCUCAAGCAAAUACCACUAGAGCUAACUAAAGAUUUAUGCUUCUGGGGCCAUCUGAAAUCUUUUGCUGGAAAAUGGCAAAUGUUCUGCCCGUUAAGUGUGAUGCUUACCUGUGUGUGAUGUAAUGUAUCUGCAGUAUAUUUCAGCGCAGCCUGAUAUUGUAAAAUAUUGUGUUAUAUUUUUGUACUUUAGCUCCAUGUAAAUAAUUUGUUUCUUCAACAAAAAAAAGAGUAUGUGAUCAUCAGAAAUAAUAAAAAAAA